UAAUAAUAACCAAAAGAUUUCUUUAACUUGAAGUCAUUCUUGAUCAUUUCCUUUGCAUUUCCCAAAGGACUUAAAAGUUGUUAGAAACAUUUUCUGGUUUCAAUUUCUAAAAGAAACAUCAUUCUCAUUUUCAGUAUGACAGCAUAGAAUCAAGAAACUCCUCUCAAACACAGCAGGAAUACAUGAAAUGGCUUUUCAACAAAGCUUCCAAGAAAUUUAAAAGUUGCAUUUAGCUCCUGCAGUGAUGAAGCACAUUAAUUUACAUUGCAUUUAGUACCCCUUGAACCAAGAACCUUAGUCCUCCCUAGUAAAAUAUGCACAUCUUCUCGGUAUAGCAUGAAUAAAAGAGCAUAUCCCAAAAACAUAAGGACAUUGAUGGCAGAAAUCAUAACAAAGAACAACAAUGACACUAGAUAUUUAAAUAGCAUCAAUUUCUGUUUCCCUUUUUCUAGCAGAUAUUCAACAAACAUAAACACUUCAUGGUUUCCUAAUAUGAUGAUGAAGUGACGAAAAUGAUACUUUGGCUGUAGCAUAAGCCAGCAGAAUUCAAUACCUGGGCGAGUGUGGCCACAAGGAGAAAAAAUUUCAAUGGGAGAUUGGGAGGUGAGUGUGGCUACAGGAUCUCUACAUAGUUCUGGAGCAAUACUGCUCACUCAUCUUCACGUACGGAACGCUUAAGCGUGGCUUCCCAAACCACGCUCUAAUGGCGAACCUAAUCCGAUCUGGCGACGUUACGUUCCGCGGCGAGUACACCACCGUGGACGCCUACCCGCUCGUCUGCGGACCCUACGGGAUCCCGUACCUGAUAAAUCUUCCCGGAUCGGGCGUCCGGGUCAAGGGCGAGCUCUACGCGGUGACGGAUAGCGGCAUUGUCCCCAUGGACGAACUGGAAGGGGUCGAGGCUGGCCAUUACGAGAGGCUCCCGCUGAUAGUUGCGGCCGGCGACGGCGGUGGCGGUGGCCCCGAGGGUACGGUGGCGGCGGAGGCGUACUUUGCGCACAGGAGCUUCGGCGAGGGGCUGUGGAAGAGGUGCGGAGGAGUCGGGACCGGAGAGUUCACGACGGAAAUGGCGAGCGAGUACCAAAGAAAGGAAGAGAGACCUCCGGGUUUCAAUUUUCUGAAAGAUCUCAAGCUUUUCAUUUCUGGUGUUGAAUAAAAUACUUUUUAAAUUCUCUCAUUUCCAUUUGAUAUGACUAGUGUAUGAACAAUGUAUACAGAGUAUUCAAUCAAUAUCAAUGCUCAUUUGUAAAGACC